GCCGCGACACGUCCUGGUAAGUAACCACUGGUAUUGCUCACUUCCUCCUGGUAUACCUUCUGCUUGUAAAUAUGACCACGGUGGAAGCUCCCUGUUACACGGUUGUCUUUGAGGACAGCUCGGAGUCGCCUUCAACCCAGGAACUCCGCUUGUCCCUGCAGAAGGGCUCGGACGAGGCCAAGUUCGACACGUUGCGGAAGAUCAUAGUCUCUACGAUUAAUGGAAACCAUCAGCCGCAACUGCUUAUGCCCGUCAUUCAAUAUGUCAUGCCCUCACGGAAUAAGCAGCUGAAGAAGCUGCUGCACUUCUACUGGGAGGUCUGCCCGAAGUAUGACGAGACCGGGAAGCUGAAGCAGGAGAUGAUCUUGGUGGUCAACGCGAUCCGGAACGACCUGCAACACCCCAACGAAUACAUCCGAGGCGCAACUCUUCGUUUCUUGCAGAAGAUUACGAGAGAUGUUGAGCUCCUCGAACCCCUCAUCCCCACCUGCCGCGCAUGUCUCGAGCACCGGCACUCCUACGUCCGCAAGAACGCCGUCUUCGCCGUGUACACCGUCUACCGGCAGCACGAGCACCUCAUCCCUGACGCGCCGGAGCUCCUUCAGACCUUCCUGGCAGCGGAGUCCGAUGCGACCUGCAAGCGGAACGCGUUCGUGUUCCUGGCGAACUGCGCCAUGCCGAAGGCCGUGGAGUACAUUCUGCAGGUGUUCGACCAGAUCCCGUCGAUGGACGAGUUGCUGCAGAUGAGCAUCAUCGAAGUCAUCAGGCAGGAUUGUAAGACGGACACGAGAUACAGGGCACGGUACAUUCUCUUGGUCUCGGAGUUGCUCAAUGCGUCAUCACAUGCUGUGAAGUACGAGGCAGCGACAACUCUGACAUCCCUGACACAAAACCCGGCAGCUGUCAAGGCUGCCGCAUCAUGCUACGUGCAGCUCGUGCAGAAGGAAUCGGACAACAACGCGAAACUUAUCGUUUUGGAUCGCCUGGAGACCCUGCGCUCGAAGCAUGGUCAUGUCUUGGACCCUCUUGUCAUGGACAUUCUCCAAAUCCUCUCGAGUGCCGACCUGGAUGUUCGCCGGAAGGCGAUUGGCAUUGUGCUCAGCAUGGCCACCAGCCGGAACGUCGAGGACAUUGUACUGUUCUUCAAGAAUCAACUGCAGAAGACACAGGAGCAAGACUUCGACAAGGCACCGGAGUACAGACAGUUGCUCAUUCAAUCAAUCCAUGUAUGCGCUGUGAAGUUCUCCGAGGUCGCCGCCAGCGUGGUGCACGCGUUGAUGGACUUCCUUGGCGACUCCAACAACCCGUCAGCACUCGAUGUCGUCGCCUUCGUCAGAGAGGUCGUCGAGAAAUUCCCGCCUCUCCGGCAGACCAUUUGCGGGAAGCUCACGCAGACACUCGGGGACAUCAAGUCCGGCAAGGUGUACCGUGGCGUGCUCUGGAUCCUUGGCGAAUACGCCGAGGACGCUGCCGACAUCCAGAACAUUUUCCGCGAGCUCCGCAAGGUGCUCGGUGAGAUCCCUAUCCUUGCCUCUGAACAGCGGCUACUGGAGGAGUCGGGUGCGGAGGACGGGGAUGCGCAGAAGGAGGAGCCACAGCCGAAGGUGGAGGGAGGCGGAAAGCCGAAGGUCCUGGCGGACGGCACGUACGCGACAGAAACGGCGUUCACGAGCAUGUCGAAUGCACGGUUGGAGGCUGUCAAGGCGGCGUCGAAGCCUCCUUUGAGAACUCUCAUCCUGGGUGGCGACUUCUUCACUGGUGCGGUGCUCGCGUCUGCGUUGACAAAGCUCGUUCUGCGAUACACCGAGGUGGGCAGUGAUCGGCGCAAGGCGAACGGACUGAAGGCAGAGGCAAUGUUGAUCAUGGCCUCCGUCAUCCGUGUCGGGCAGUCGAAGUUCGUCAACGUCCCGAUCGACGAGGACUCGAGCGAGCGGAUCAUGAACUGCAUCCAGACGCUGAGCGAGCUGCAGGAAAAGCUGGUUGUACACGACAUCUUCCUCAAGGACACCAGAACUGCGUACGCGAAGAUGCUCAGCGCCCAGGAGAAGAAGGCGGCGGAGAAGCGCGAGCAGGAGAGUGCGAACGAGAAGAUUGUCCAGGUCGACGAUCUCCUUACUUUCCGCCAAUUCACGAAGAAGACUGUGGACGAUGCUAUCGACGACGCCGAGGAUGUCGUUCGUGCAACUGGAUCUGCCGAAGUACAUGAAGACUUCAUCUCCAAUCUAAGCCGGAUAUCGCAGCUCACUGGGUUCUCCGACCCCAUUUACGCUGAGGCGUAUGUCAAGGUGCACGGCUUCGACAUCUCAUUAGACGUACUGCUCGUCAACCAGACCGCAGACACUCUGCAGAACCUUUGCCUCGACUUCGCAACCUUGGGUGACCUCAAGCUUGUUGAGCGGCCAUCUGUGUAUACCAUCGCUCCCCACAGCUUCCAGAGCAUCAAGGCUACCAUCAAGGUAUCGUCAACGGAAACUGGUGUUAUCUUCGGCAGCAUCCUCUGGGAGGGUCCGGGCAUGUCUGAGCAAUGUGUCAUCCUGAACGACAUUCACAUCGAUAUCAUGGACUACAUCAAGCCGGCAUACUGCACAGAGGCUCAGUUCCGUAGCAUGUGGACCGAAUUCGAGUGGGAGAACAGAGUAAAUGUCACGACCUCGAUCUCUGACCCUCGAGAAUACCUGCACCAUGUCAUGAAGGCGACCAACAUGUCGUGUCUCACGCCGGAGGGUGCGGUUUCGGGCGACUGCGACUUCCUGUCAGCGAACAUGUACGCGAGGAGUCUGUUCGGCGAGGACGCCCUGGCGAACCUGAGCGUGGAGCGGACAGACGCAGGCACUAUCACUGGCCACGUCCGGAUACGUAGCAAGACGCAGGGUAUCGCUCUGUCUCUGGGCGACCGGAUCACGAUGGCUCAAAAAGAGAACAAGCCUCCGGCGUAGGCUGUCUGUCGUGUCGAUGAUCCCGUGUAUUUAUCAGCUGGUAGAUAAUUGGACUUUUCUUCUCCAA